AGGGCCCGGAGAUGAGAGGUGGCGCGAAGACGGCCACGCCGCGGUCUGCAACUGGGCAGGCUCAGAGGAACUCGACCAAUGCCACACGCAUCCCAGCAAAGACACCCACGGCCCCCAAGACCCCUCCCAGCUCCGGCAGAAAGGAGCAGAAAAAACCACCUCCUGCAGCAGCGAAGUCUGAGAAAGCCAGGGAGCCCAAGAAGGUGGCAGUGGUUCGCACACCACCGAAAUCUCCUGCAUCUGCCAAGAGCCGCAUCCAGCCGUCAGCUGCACCCAUGCCUGAUCUGAAAAACGUGAAGUCCAAAAUUGGCUCAACUGAAAACCUGAAGCACCAGCCCGGAGGUGGCAAGGUGCAGAUUAUUAAUAAGAAGCUGGACUUUAGCAGCGUUCAAUCCAAGUGUGGCUCAAAGGAUAAUAUCAAACACAUCCCGGGAGGAGGCAGUGUUCAAAUCGUUUACAAGCCAGUCGACCUGAGCCACGUGACAUCCAAAUGUGGUUCCCUGGGCAAUAUCCAUCACAAACCAGGCGGUGGCCAGGUGGAGGUGAAAUCUGAGAAACUGGACUUCAAAGAUAAGGUGCAAUCAAAAAUCGGGUCCUUAGAUAACAUCAGCCACGUCCCUGGAGGAGGAAAUAAAAAGAUCGAGACUCAUAAGCUGACUUUCCGCGAGAACGCCAAAGCCAAGACCGACCACGGCGCUGAAAUCGUCUACAAGUCCCCCACCAUCUCCGGAGAU